AUGGACCUUAGUCGAUAUUAUAUUGGUAAAGGAAGAGAAGAACAGGUAGAAUUGUUAUCUGAUGAUGAACUUUCAGAUUUCUAUUCACAAGGAGAUUAUGAAGAACUUGAGAAAAUCGAAAAGCGGAUAAAAAACAUAUUUUUGGUAUAUGAAAAGGUAUCAUUCAUAAACGUUGAUCAAAUAUUGGACCUUUAUCAUAAGAUCUAUUGCAGUGAAUUUAAUUGGGAUAAUUUCGCGAGAUCAUCAGACACAACUUUAUCUGAAUUCAUACGCGAGAUUUGGCCUAAAAGUUUCAUGAUUACAACUUGUCCACAUAAUAAACAUAAACAUAAUAAACCGGAAUGGAUUUCAUUGCUCUCUCCAGAUUCACUUCAAGAUGAACCUUUUGAUAUGACUUUAGUAACUAAGGAAAUGAAAUCAAUCUGUUAUGAUAAGGGUUUUUAUGAUAUCAGAUUUGGUCACGAUACACGCAAGAUUGAAGAAAACAAGUUGUUGAAAAAGCAAGAACAAAGGGCCGAACAAGUCCUGUGGAAAACGAGACAUUUAUUUCCCAAUAAAACCAUUUUAAAUUCAUGUUGUCUUGAAUUGUUGUAUAAAGAUUUUCAUAAAGAGAAUGUUGAUAUUACAUCAACUGGAUAUCAAAGCUUUUCGGAAUUAUUGCGCAAUUCUAUCAUCUGGAAAUCUAUUGGAAACGAUAGAUUUAUUGUAAGGAGGGAAGAAGAUCAAAAACGCGACUCUUUAUUAUAUAAGAAAGAAAUUGUAAGGCUAAGCGACAUGCAAUUAUUGGCAAUAUCUAUUAUAUCAAGCAAUUUUUAUGGUGAUGAUUGA